AUGGACACCAUAUCAAAAACAAAGCCGUCGCAGCGACAGUCUGUUGCCGUGGUGGGGACUGGUAUGGCUGGGCUUGUGGUAGCAUAUCUCUUGCGGCAGGACAAGCAUGUGGGCUUUGACGUCCAAGUAUAUGAAGCGCAAGACCAGCUCUCUCUUGACUCGGCUUCCAUAACGGUGCCCGCAAAACAUGGUGCCCUCACCACCCGCGUUGACCAGCCCAUGCGCGCUUUUGAUCGUGGAUUCUACCCCAAUCUUACGGCCAUGUAUGACUUUCUCGAUGUCAGAUACCACACAGAACGUUUUCUUUUCAGCUUUGCAAGGCUACCCCAGCAAGGAUCAAAAGAUAGUCAAUGUUCAGUGGAACCAAAACCUUACUUCAUCCAUUCUUCAAAUAAUCACCGCAUUCCACCCGUGCAGCCUCAAGCAUGCGGUUUCUGGACAUGGGCUUGGGAAACCGCAUAUCUUGCCCUCUGCUUAACUUGGCUUACGAUUUGUCUUUCCUUUGUUUCGCCGCACGAAUCAACUUCAGUAGGUGGUAAGCUCAAAAAUUGUGAAUCCUUUGGGCAGUAUCUUCGACGAAUAUUUAUCCCCGCAUACUUCACAGAAAGAUACCUGCUUCCAGGUCUUGCAAGCAUAUCUACAUGCACCCAUGCUGAAAUGUUGAACUUCCCAGCAAAGGACGUAAUUGACUACAAGCAGCGCUCGCUUAAUUCCCCGCAUGUUCGCGUGUCUGGUGGAGUCAGCGAAGUUCAAAAGAAACUCUGCCAGGGCCUCUCUGUGCAGUUUGGCUGCCGUGUGACGUCUAUCAUUCCAGCUGGCUCUGGAGUCAAAGUGUCCUGGGAAUCAUCUUCCUCAGAAUCGCUGAGUAAUGUCCCCAAGCAGAAAUACUUCGACCAUGUCGUCCUAGCCGUGCCCCCGAACGCUGUGGGGAGCAUCUUUACUCCCCUUAAAUCCGAGUUGUCCCAUAUCCCAACGGCAACAGUAGAAUCGAUUAUCCACACGCAUCUCCCUGCCGCGAGCCAACAGUCCAGCAAUGCCAUCUACCAAAUGGACCUUACCCCUGACCCUCCGAAUUGGAUCCAUUUUCGCUCCUCGCAAAACUUGACAGAGACAAUACAUGAAGAUCCCACGUCUUCUGUCAUCGUGACGAAUUUUCCAAGCACCCCGAUUGAUCCGUCGAAAGUCAUAAGUCGCACGUACUUUACACGAACUCUAAGAACACCGCAGAGCCGGGAGAUCGUGAAUAGAAUAUUCAGCUGCAAGUCUCAGCCUCUUCAUGCAGCGGUCAGCGAUGAAAAGGGCCUCAACGCCCUUGGAAAGUUUGUCAAUGGCGAUGGCAAUGUGUGGCUCGUUGGAAGUUGGUGUUGGGAUGGUAUGGUCUUGCUGGAGGGCUGCGUAGUCUCUGCAAUGAGAGUAGCGCAAGCAUUAGGGAUCGAGGUGCCCUGGUAG